AACUUGAAGGUAAAAUUUGCUCAUCCCUAAGGAACCACCUUUAUAUUUUGUCUUAUUUUCACUUCCUUAUCUUGCAACGCAUUACACGCGCCUUUCUGAAAAAUGAAUGACAUUUUUAUCUCAAUGACUAAUUUGACAACAAUGUAUACAAAUACAAAAUGCGUAGCUCGUAAACAAGAUAUUGCGCGCGCAAGUCGUCGUCCAAUUUCCUUCCUUCUCUGAAAUUUGACGGACAAGUUCACUAAAUUUUUUUAGUGAAAAAAAUAUCGUUUAAAGUGCAAUGUGAACUUUAAUUACGGUUUGAUGUAUUGUGCUGAUCAUGGAGCAUUUUUGGCAUAAUUUAUUACCUCAUAAGCAUAGCAAUACCACAUGGCAGAAUAUAUCUAAUGAUGUUGUUGUCAAAGGAUGUUUUGAUUAUUAUGAUACUACUGCAUGUGUUAGGAAUUCUUUGUUGACCUUUUUUGGUUUUAGUACGCUGUUGCUAUGUUUGUUUCGCAUCACCAGACUGCAUCUUCUACACCACCCACAAAUUCAUCAGUAUCUUGUAUUUUACUUUGCUACCAUUGAACUUAUAUGCUUAAUAAUAAAAUGGAUGGCCAUGAACAGUUUAUACCAAAUGGAAUAUAUUGCUUCUUAUUUAAAAAUGAUUCAGUUCAUUCUUCUUAGUCAUUUUCACUGGUCUUUAGUAUCUAGAAUUCUGCAUCAACAAAAGCUUAUAAAUUGGAUUAUUAUGCCAUUACUUGCUGGAUUUUUGUCAUUCUUUUCUUCAAUUACUGCUUUGGGAAUAAUGACUCAUUUCUCGCCUUCAGAAGAAUGCCUCGCACCUCAUUGGAUUCUAUUGUCUUUUGCGGAAUUCUUAGGAAUUCAGUUAUAUGUUGUAGCUGGAAUCUACAUUACAAAGAAGAUCAAUUCUGUUUCAGCAAUGGACUCAUUUAAAUGGGAACAAAAAAGAGAUCUUUGGAGUGUUAUCAUGGUUUAUGAGUUUUCUUCUGUAAUGUCUUUGGCUUACUUUGUAUCAUUACAAAUCUUGGGAGGAAAUGCAACUGGUUGCAGUGAAAUAUUUAACUAUACCCAAAAUAUUUAUUCGCCUGUGUAUGCCACAUUCAUGGUUAUCAAAUACUUAUUCCCUAUCUGGGUGAUGUUGUUUGUGUUUUAUCCUACUCGAGGUUGUUUAUCCAGUGAAGAUGAAAGACUGCUUGGAUGGUCUGGAGAUGGAUCUACAACAUCAGUAUUUAGUCCUAGCACUAGAUUCAUGGAUUCAUAUAAACAGCUUGUCCUUCCUGUUCAGAAUGUCUUUGUUACUGAACAUCCUGUCUUGAGACGAUCCGCUUCCUCUCCAGCAAUUUUUUCUAAACCAAAUCUUACUCCAAUAUCUGAAGAGUCCUCUAUCUUGCCACCAUCAAGAGUUGCAUACUUUGGCUAUGGUGCAAUGGAUUCAUAUUGUUCUCAACCCGAAACAACUAAUGCCCAACCCACGAGAACAAGAUCCAGACACGACAGCGGUAUGCCUGCUACUGGUGUCAGAAGCAAGAAUUUCAGGGUUCCUGUUUCUUUGAAUCAUUGUGCAGAUGAAAUGGAAAGUGUCACUCCCUCUUCAGGUGAACGAGCUUAAGUCUGGCCACCAUCGUCUUUUGGGCAUUAUUGAGAAACUAAAAUCUCACUCUUUUUUUUUCUGUUAUUUGGAAAAUCUUAUGUAAGUUGAAAGAGGCAUUAAUUUGAUUUCUGCUGAUGUUUAGUUGCAUUGCAUUAUAUCAAAGUGUAUUGUUUGUUUUUUUAUUUGUGAUACUCAACUUUAUAUGCUUAUUUUGUAGAAUAAGUAGAUGUAAAAUGUGGGAUAUGUAUUAAUUUGAUAGGUAUCAUUAAAAAAAGAUAUUGCUUAUAUUUUAUGUGUUAAACUGGGCUCUCCGGUUAUUGGCGAUGUAAUAGAAGUUGUCUCGCGAGAUCUUUUGUUAUUUAUAUAUUGCUUAUGUGAUCAAAUUGUUUUACUUUAAAUAUCUGUCAAAGCUUUUCUGUUUUUAUGGAGCUUAAUGUUGUAUAUAUAUAACAAUCCCUUCGUACUAAGUGAUCAGUGAUAGAUUAGUGUUGGGAAUAUUUAUUUCUGCUAAUAUUAAUUAAUUGUGAUUAAAAUAUAUGUUAGAAUUACUGCAAUUUUUUGCUUUUUGCAAGUUUGAUGACAUAACACUAUUAAAAUGUCACUUAAGGUAUAUUUCACCUAAAAAAGUAAUGUUUAUGUAAAAUAAUUUUAGAAUUUUAAAAAUAAUUGCUUGAAGAGAGUAGAGGACUGUUAUUAUAUUUAAUAAAAUAUCUGAAAUUUUGGU